UGUAUGCUGUGAACGAUUUUUAUUAGUAAAUCUAUACCGAAUGAAAUGUCAAAUCUAUAAUGGCUGGAUUGCGAAUGUUAUACAAACAGCUGUUGCAGUGUGCAGAUCUAAAACAGUGACAGUAUUAAAUCAGUCUCGUUUACGUCAAGAAGUCACGAACGGUUAGAUAAAGGACUGUUUGUACAGUACUAUGGCAUGCGAAACGUUUGUGAAAGAAUUCCAAUCCGAAAAUCUAGGACUAAACCAUGACACUCCAGCAGACUUUGUCCGUUCCCAGUGGCCUAUUAAUCAAAAACUUUACGUGGGAUGCCGGUUACUUGUGUCCAUGGCCAUGAUUGGUUGGUUUUUGGCAGACAUCGUCUACGAAUCAGCAGCUUUCUACCAGGAUCGCACAUGGACUUACGCUGUUUACGCCACCAAUUGGAGUUUCUUCCUGUUGGUCAUCACCAGUCUGUAUCAGACAAUGUGCAGUUUAUACUACACAAUCAAGACUUCGGAUAAUCUAGACGACAGACAUUUUGAUAGGAUGCCGCUCUCCUUGAAGAUUCUAUGGGUGCUCAAGAACCUAAGCUAUAAUUCUGCAUUUAUCGUUACCAUGUCUUACUGGGCAUUUAUAAUUUUCCUUGAUCAUAGCAAGGUAUUCCAGACAGAUUUAAGCAGGUUGAAGCACACUAUGAAUUCUGUUUACGUUCUACUGGACAUGAUGAUAUCGGCUACUCCAUUCCGUCUUUUACACAUGUUAUACACGGUAGCUCUGGGAUCCGUCUACUCUCUGUUUAACGCUAUAUAUUUCCUCAACGAUGGAACAAUUCUGGAGGGCCGACAUUACGCCUAUAACGUUUUGAACUGGGUAAAACCCACGGAGGCUAUAGUGACGUGUACGUUAUGUAUUAUCUUGUCAAUACUAAGCCAGACAUUCUUAUUCUUGUUGUACAGAUUACGUCUAUGGAUAUUCUUUAAAUUGUAUUUUAAAGAUCAUUCUUUGGCACCGUUGGAUGACUUUGAAUCUGAAAUGAGCAGUAUUAUUUCGGAGCAAUCAUCCUACAAAUACACGAUGGAAUAAUAGAGUUUCUGAAACAACAGCAAACAUACUAUAAUGACAAAUCAAAAGUGAAGUACUUUUAAUUUCGAUCAAAAUUUGUAUAUAACUUAUGUAUACACAUACAUGUAUAUAUGGUGUACUGAAUGUGCAUAACAUGUAGCUAGUUUACGUGAUACAUGUAUUAUAUAUUUUCUACAUCUUCA